CUCCCACCUCAUCCUCCGGAGUAGCUGGGACCACAGGUGCACACCACCAUGCCUAUUUUUUUUUUUUUUUUUUUUUUUUUUGAGAUGGAGUCUCACUCUGUCCCCCAGGCUGGAGCGCAGUGGUGCAAUCUUGGCUCACUGCAACCUCUGCCUCCCGGGUUCCAAUUAUUCUCCUGCCUCAGCCUCCCAAGUAGCUGGGACUACAGACACACGCCACCAUGCCCAGCUAAUUUUCAUAUUUUUAGUAGAGACAGGGUUCCACCAUAUUGGUCAGGCUGUUCUUGGAUUCCUGACUUUGUGAUCUGCCCACCUUGGCCUCCCAAAGUGCUGGGAUUACAGGCGUGAGCCGCCACGCCUGGCCUACUUUUGAUUUUUUUUUUUUAAGAGACCGGGUCUUGCUGUAUCACCAAGGUUGGAGUGGAGUGGCACAAUCACAGCUCACUGCUUCCCUUAAUUCCUGUGCUCAAGAGACCCUCCCCCUUCAGGCUCCCAAGUAGCUGGGACUACAGGCACACAUGACCACAGCCGGCUAAUUUUUUUAAUUUUUUGUAGAAAAAUUUCUCGCUUUGCUGCUCAGACUGACCUGGAACCCCUGGACUCAAGUGAUCCUCCUGCCUCAGCCUCCUGAGUAGCUGGGAUUACGGGCACGCGCCACCACACCCAGCUAAUUUUUGUUAUUUUUAGUAGACACAGGGUCUUACCAUGUUGGUCAGGCUGGUCUCAAACUCCUGAUCUCAGGUGAUCCGUCCACCUCGGCCUCCCAAAGUGCUGGGAUUACAGGCGUGAGCCACCUUGUCUGGCCUAACAAUCUUAAUUGUGUCUGCAAACUUAAAUCCCGUUUGCCAUGUAACAAAUGUAAGUCAGCCCAGGCUGCUAUAAGGAAAUACAACAGCAGGUUCUUAAACUGCAGACAUCUGCUUCUGGCAGCUGGGAAAUCUAAGGUCAAAGGGCUGGCUAGCUCGGUUCCUGCUGAGGGCUCCCUUCCUGCCAUGCCUUCUUGCUGCAUCUUCCCAAGGCUGACAGAGAACAGAGACAGAAAGUGCUCUGGUUUGUCUUUUUCUCUUUUUUGGAGACGGAGUCUUGCUCUGUCACCCAGGUUGGAGUGCAACGGGGCAAUCUUGGCUCACUGCACCCUUCGCCUCCCGGGUUCAAGUAAUUCUGCCUCAGCCUCUAGAGUAGCUGGGAUUAUAGGAGCCCAUUAAAAAAUAUAAUUUGGCCGGGCGCGGUGGCUCAAGCCUGUAAUCCCAGCACUUUGGGAGGCUGAGGCAGGUGGAUCACGAGGUCAAGAGAUGAAGACCAUCCUGGUCAACAUGGUGAAACCCCGUCUCUACUAAAAAUACAAAAAUUAGCUGGGCAUGGUGGCGUGUGCCUGUAAUCCCAGCUACUCAGGAGGCUGAGGCAGGAGAAUUGCCUGAACCCAGGAGGCAGAGGUUGCGGUGAGCCGAGAUCGCGCCAUUGCACUCCAGCCUGGGUAACAGGAGCGAAACUCCGUCUCAAAAAAUAAAUAUAUAUAUAUAAUUUAAGACUGGGCAUGAUGGCUCACGCCUGUAAUCCAGGCACUUUGGAGGCCAAGGCGGGUAGAUCACCUGAGGUCGGGAGUUCAAGACCAGCCUGACCAACAUGGUGAAACCCCGCCUUUAAAAAUAAUAAUAAAUAAAUAAUUUAUCUCAAAUUUAUUAUUGUCCAUUCAUUAAUAAAUAAUAAUAAUAAUUUUGGCAGAACACAAUUCAACUUAUUCUUUUUUUUUUUUUUUUUCUUUUUAAGACAGAGUUUUGCUCUUAUUGUCCAGGCUGGAGUGCAAAGCAAAAUCUCGGCUCACCACAACCUCCACUUCCCAGGUUCAAGCGAUUCUCCUGCCUCAGCCUCCGGAGUAGCUGGGAUUACAGGCAUGCACCACCAUGCCUGGCUAACUUUUGUAUUCUUAGUAGAGACGGGGUUUCACUAUGUUGCUGCCCAGGCUGGUCUCAAACUCCUGACCUCAGAUGACCCGUCUGCCUCGGGCUCCCAAAGUGCUGGGAUUACCGUGAGACAGCGCAACCGGCCCACAAUUCAAUGUAUAACAAUCACAUAUUCAUUGGUUUGGGGAUCAGGAGGUGGACAUUUGGGAGGAAAGGGUCCAUGGCAGGGCCGGUCACACCCAGCGAGGUCACAGGGGCAUCUGUGACUUCAUCGUUCCCUAGGUCCCCCAGGCAACCACCCUCCCACUAAACACUCCCGCAUGGUAGCUGGACCAGCAAACGCCUCUCAGGGAUUUGAAGCCCAGUGUCCUCACUUCCUCCAUGGGCGCUCCGCCUGGGGAACCUGAGAACCCUUGCUCAAGGAUCCAGGCACUGUUUAGGAAGGUCACGACCUUACUCACCAAACCCCCUCCUCCGCCCCCACCCCGCUCCUGGAAGCCUGGCUGUACACACGUGUGUGGGUACGUGUUUGGGCACAUGUAUGACAACAGUCUUGAACAUCUCCUGUCACAGCAGGUGCUGGACACAGGAGAGCAGCUGAUGGUCCCCAUGGAAAUCCUGGAAAUGGAUAACAAGGGGGCCCUGUGGAAGUUUCUGCUCUCAGGAGCUAUGGCCGGGGCGGUGUCUCGCACAGGCACAGCCCCUCUGGACAGAGUCAAGGUGUACAUGCAGGUGCAUGGGGGUCCUCCCCCCACCCCCUACUCCAAGACCAACUUCACCAACCUGCUGGGGGGGGCUACAGAGCGUGGUCCAGGAGGGGGCCUUCACUCCCUGUGGCGGGGCAACGGCAUCAACGUGCUCAAGAUUGCUCCUGAGUAUGCCAUCAAGUUCUCCGUAUCUGGGCAGUGCAAAAACUACUUCUGUGGACUACAAGAGUCUCCGCCCUUCCAGGAGCGUCUCCUCGCCAGCUCCUUGGCUGGGCCAUCUCCCAGACCCUCAUCAAACCCCAUGGAGGUGCUGAAGACGUGACUGACCUUGCGUCGGACAGGCCAGUACAAGAGGCUACUGGACUGUGCCAGGCAGAUCUUGGAGCAGGAGGGCACCUGCACCCUUUACCGCGGCUACCUGCCUAAUAUGCUCGGCAUCAUCCCCUACGCCUGCACGGACCUGGCCGUCUAUGAGAUGCUCCAGUGCUUCUGGCUGAAGUCAGGCAGGUAUAUGGGGGACCCCAGCAGCCUGGUCAGUCUGUCAUCUGUGACACUGUCCACGACCUGUGGCCAGAUGGCCAGCUACCCACUGACUCUGGUGCGCACCAGGAUGCAGGCCCAAGACACCGUGGAGGGCUCGAACCCCACCAUGCGUGCAGUCUUCCAGCAGAUCCUGGCCCAGCAGGGCUGGCUAGGGCUGUGCCGAGGCAUGACCCCCACGCUACUGAAGAUGUUACCAGCAGGUGGCAUCAGCUAUGUGGUGUACAACGCUAUGAAGAAAACCCUGGGCGUAUAGGGCUGUGAGCUGGACGACAGCCUAGGCUGAAAUGGGAUAGGCGGACCUGAUGACCCCUGGUCCCAAAGAGCCCUCAAGGCCUCAAGGCUCAGGCCCUGGAGCAGUUUUUGGUGGCAAAAGCAGGCUCCGGGUUGCCGGGGGAGUUGCUGGGUCAGAAGAUUCCUGAGGCUCCCUCCCCAGGAUGUAGCCUGAGACAAGAAACUUCGGCUCCAGUCUGGGUCCUUGUGGGUCGACCUGGCUCCAGGGCGGAAUGGUGAACAUGGCAGACAACCAGGAAUAAAGAGAUGGUUUUGGCUGAA